AUGGUGAUGAAGAUGCUGAUUCUAACACUGGUUCUCAUUGCAGCAGCCUGGGCAGAGGAGAAGAAUAAGUUGGUACAAGGCUCAUCUUGUGACAAGAGUGCUCAUCCCUACCAAGCUGCCCUCUACAACUCAGGCAACUUGUUAUGUGGAGGGGUCCUUGUUCACCGAGAAUGGGUUCUCACCGCUGCUCACUGCAAAAAACCGAAUCUUCAGGUCUAUCUGGGAAAGCACAACCUUCAGAAAACCGAGAGCUCCCAGGAAUCUAUCCCUGUUGUACAGACUGUGACCCACCCUGGCUACACUGCAGCCACUCAUGACCAGGACAUCAUGCUGUUGCGCUUAGCACGACCAGCGAAACUCUCUAACCUCAUCAGUCCACUGACCAUGGAGAAAGACUGCUCCUUCAGCCAAACCAGCUGCCAAAUCCUGGGCUGGGGCAAGACAGCAGAUGGUAAUUUCCCUGACACUAUCCAAUGUGCACACGUCAACCUGGUGCCUCGUGGAGAGUGUGAGCGUGCCUACCCUAGCCAGAUAACCCAAAACAUGGUGUGUGCUGGAGAUGAGAAGUAUGGGAGAGAUUCCUGCCAGGGUGAUUCCGGGGGUCCCUUGGUAUGUGGAGGCCGUCUCAGAGGCCUUGUAUCAUGGGGCAAUAUCCCCUGUGGAUCAAAGGAGAAGCCUGGAGUCUACACUGACGUUUGCAGAUAUUUCGAUUGGGUGCAAAAAACUAUUAACACCAGGAGACGCUGCCGUGUGGCCCUGCCCAACUUGCACCCACGCCUGGUGCCUGGCUCCACCAGGCAGGCCGAAGCACCUGCGGGACUGGAUCCCUGCCCUUUCCCACAAGGUGGCCUGGGUGAUGGGGCAGGAGAAGGCCCGGUGCCGAGUCCAGGAGGCGGCCGGCAGCAGGACCAGGCAAGUCUGAGAGGUGUGCGGGCCGACCUGGGAGCAGGCUCCCCACCUCUACCCGGGGUACAAGCACAAGCGGCAGUGCUGGAACUCUAUAAUGGGGUCAUGUCCUCAGGGGAAAAUGAGGAGAACCGGAAAGGGGAGUGGGCUGAGGGACCUACCCACUCCCAUCACCUGGACAUCCUCUCCCACCAGGUGCACUGA